AUGUUAGUAAAGUCACUUUCGCAGACGAUUUCCGCAGUUUGGUUCUUCAUCAAGAAGUUUUUCUUCGGAAUUCCGCAGAGUCGCGAAAUCGCUGCUUCAGAAGAUGUUGAAGCUCAACUCAGCCUCGUCGAGACCGACCUCGACGCUCCCGAAAGGCGUGGAAAGAAGCGAAAGCACGAGAACCACGAUGGGCACUACUGCAAGAUCUGUGGCCAAGAGUACGACACCGAGAAGCAUCGACCAGCUUUCGUCGGCAAGUGCUACCACACAUUCUGCAUCAAAUGCAUCGACACUCUCCGAUUCACCGAGUGCCUUCAGUUAACCGUUCAAAUCUCUAGCUUAUUUUUCAACUACUAUUUCGGUUAUUAA